CCUGUCUGUCUGUCUACCUAUACAUGAGCUUUACAGGAAAUAUUCCUGUGUGUGGGUGAGAGGGUGUUGUGGGUGUUGUGGGUGGGUGGAAAGGUGCCGAGGCGACGAGCGGGUUCACGUGAGGCCACUCACUCACCGGUCGGUCGGUCACUUGAAUAUGAGCUGUUUGUGUGCCCAUCCGUAGGCCGCCUUGUGCUCCUCAAACAUCGACUGCAGCUCACCCAACACCUGCAGGCACCCAUAUAUCCCAGGCAUCACACCCCACACACAUGCACAUGCACACAUACACACGCUUCGUUCCCCUCUCUGUGUGUGUGCAGAGCUGAGUGGCUGAGUUGAGUGGCUGACAGACAGACCUACCUGCUCAUGCACGGUGUCUAUGUGGUGUUGUGUGGGCGUCUCUGUCGCAUUGCCGGGGUGUACCGGCGGCGCACAGAUGAUGACCAGUGGCUGGCGAAAGGGGAUCGGCAGCAGAAACCUACAGUAAACCAAUCAGUCGGACAGACAGGUGUGGGCUGGGUAGCAUGCGGCGUGUGUGUGUCCGUCGGUACCAUACCUGCCCCAUAGGAAGAACACCGACACACGGAUAGCGCGCGAAAGACGCUCCAGGUAGCCGUAGCGGUCAUACCUGAUGCGCGCAGACACAGACACACAGAGUGAGCCUCCCUCAUGGCCGCAUACUGACUGCCAGCCCAUCCGUCUCUCUCUGUGCUGGGCUGGGCAGAUCCAUGUACACACGCACACGCACGCGCACAUACGUACCAGACUCUGAAGCACUUGGUGUUGCCGAAGGCCAUGACGGGGCAGACGGGGACGCCCAGCUGUAUGGCGAGCUUGGCAAGGCCCUUCCUGUCCUUGAUGAACAACACCUCCUCCUCUGUUCGCAAACAGGCAGGCAGGCAGGAGACCAGACAUAGAAAGAUUGACGGGUGAGCAAUGUGUGUGUGUGUGUGUGUGUGUCUUCAACUUACUGCUCCAGCAGUUGAAGAUGCCGGCGAUGCCGUCGGCCAUGACGCCGACACUCGCCCGUCGGGUUUUGAUGUGGUGCACUAGGGAGGCCCGGGAGACGUCCGCCAUGCCCAGGAGCUUCAUCAUGUUCAGGAUGGGGAAGUGCAAAACCACACUCGCCGCGGCACCGAUGAAAUCGCCUCUCACCGUCUGACCGACCGACCGAUCCAUUCAUUGCCACACAGGGAGGAGGGAGGGAUGUGCAGUGGUCCUUGUUUGUUUGUUUGUUUGUUUGUGAGGGGCCUACAAGGUUGAUAAGCGGGAUGGAGAGCAGCCCAGCGACCGGGAAGGCGCCAUGGGGCACCAUGAACCCGAUAUAUGGCGAGAGCUCCGCCUUGUCGCGGCUCUCCUCCGUCCACACCACUUUGAAGCUAAAAUACCUGUGCACACACACACGUACGUGUGCUCAUAUCCCGCCCUCUGCACCCCUUUUUGACACACACACGCACCUGAAGAGUGAUAUGAGCACAGGCGACGGGACGGGCGAGCCGUUCUUCUUCAUGGGAAAACCAGCCAGAGUGAUGAAGGUGACCACCCAUGCCACGAGCGGCCGCCACUGGCCGUAGAUAAUCCACAGUGGGAGGGCGAGCAGAGGCCAUCCAGCUAGGACGAACCAGCAGCAGAAGAAGAGAAUGACGACGGCGGCCUCCUCCCAGACGGGCAUUGGCGUGACAGACGUCAGGUUGGGGCUGGGGCAGCUGUCCAUGGGCACCGAUGCCGCGUCAAUUAUCUUCCUUCUCUCCUCCCCCGACGCAAGGGCCAGCCGACGCAAAUCUACCUUGCUGCACGACACAGACACAGACACACCCAGACAGACAGACGCGUGCACAGCACAAUGAGUGGGUCAUGUAGGUAGUAGUUGUAGCUGGCCACGGCCCUCACCCACUGACUCACCUGGCGUCUGUGAAGAAGUAUUUCCGUUUGUGUGUCUUGCAUUGGUCUCCCUCGGCCUGCUGCUCCACAGGCAGACUCUGAGUGGGCAAUGAGCAGUCAGUCGAACACUCAUCCUCCGUCUGGGGCGGCAUUGUGUGCACAAAUCUGUGGCAGCGGUGCCUCAGAACCCCUGCUGUCCUUGUGG